GGCAAAUGGAAUGCACGAACUGAACUGGCACUGCGGGCCAUGAUACAGACAUGGCAAGAAAACUCACCAUAUUCAUCUGCGCUCUUUUCGCGUUUUUACAGGUGAACUGCCAGGAGGGGAUUUUACACGUCUCUGGUGGAUCUCAGGAAAAAGAGUACUGCCUUGUCUACAAUUCCUCCUUUUCUAGUAUUUCAGUGUCUCUGAAUGACGCCAUUGAUUACCAGCUGGUGAACCUGUCGUCCAGCUUCCUGUGCAGUAGCUCUGAUGUACGACCCAAUGAGCUGAAGGGGAAAGCGGUGGUUGUCAUGAGGGGCAACUGUACUUUCGGCCAGAAGGCCCAGGUGGCUCAGGACUCGGGAGCCACCACCAUCCUCAUUGCAAGCGAAGAACCUUUGGUACCUGGACCUUGCACCCUGUACAGCUGUCUUGACGCCAUCAUGGAGAAGCUUGGCUGUGCGACCCUCAGUUUCUCCUGUCUGGGUAAGGGAUGGUCUGGGAGGAGCUUGUUGUUGGCUGCCCUCUGCAUCACCGUAGCAGUGCUGUGGGGAGUGUAUCGGAACGAGGACAGAUGGAUUUGGAUUCUGCAAGAUUUAUUAGGAAUUGCUUUCUGUCUGAAUUUCAUGAAGACGAUCAAUGUGUCCAACUUUAAAAUCUGUGUGAUCCUUCUCAGUCUGCUCCUCAUCUAUGACGUCUUCUUCGUCUUCAUCACGCCUUUUUUGACAAAGGAUGGCCAGAGCAUCAUGGUAGAAGUUGCCUUGGGUCCAGGAUCUAUUGCAGAAAAGAGUGGAGGAAAGAUGGUGACGGUUCCUGCUGAGCCCACAGCCCCCUUUGAGAAAAUACCUGUGGUCAUGCGAGUGCCGCGGUUUUUGGCGCCAAACCUGUGCAUGAUGCAGUUCUCCAUACUGGGAUAUGGAGACAUUAUCGUUCCAGGCUUGUUGGUGGCAUACUGCCACAGAUUUGAUGUGUGGACCAGCAGCCCCAAGAGGAUCUAUUUCAUGUCCUGCACUAUAGCCUACUUCUUGGGCAUGGUUGUGACUUUUGUGGUCAUGAUCCUGUCCCAAAUGGGCCAGUCAGCCCUUCUGUGCCUCGUGCCUUUCAUGCUGCUCACCAGUGGCGCAGUCGCCUGGCGACGUGGGGAAAUGAAGCGCUUCUGGGCUGGCACUGUAUAUGAAGUGUUGGAUACAUCAAGGGACCCAUUAUUGCCAGAUGGAAGAUCUGAACAUGACAGCAUUGGAAGAAAAUGCUGAGUUUUCUAAAAACUCCUCCCCUCCUUUUCAAAACCAUUAGUUUUUACGUAACUGGAAGUUUACAUUUUGCAGAUGAACACAGAAAAUGCCUUUUUAUGAUUGCUUGUCUAGCCCAGUAUUUUUUUCAAUACUGCACUCCACUGAUUUUCCUUUGGUUAAUAUUUUGGUGUGAGAAUUCAGGUGAAUAUAAUUAUUUCUUCUGUGAGAAUUCAGAUUAUUAAAGCAUGUUGGGUAACACAACUGUAAACUUAUCCCUUGGACUGUAUUUUAAUUUUACUGACAAUAUGAUUAAAAAACACUUUAUGCA